AUGGCUCCUUGGGACGAUUUCGACUCUAUCUUCUAUUUCAACAAGAACUUUACCUACGAUGGCAAGGUCAUUGAGCAGAUCGUCGCCAACCGCCGUGCGCUUGAAAACCAGCUGUUCGCCGACAGACUGCUAGGAUUGCUCGGAGUUAAAGCAGCCGUAGAAUAUCUGACCGAGCCUUCUAUCAUUCCAACUUUCCCGGAUGAAAUCCUCUAUGUCCUUACUCUUCCUCGGCUUCCCAAGCACGAUGACAGCCUCGUAAUGGCAUACUACCUUACUGUUUCCCCGCCUUUGGCAUCGGAGAAGGUCCAGCGAGCCUUCUUCAAGACGCUCUGUCGGUCAAGCAUUACGGAGGCCUUCUACUUCACCCGCAAGAACGACGACACUCUACGUCGAAGCUACCUUACACAGCUCAUUGAGUUCGUGCACACAACCGACGCUGGCCAACUUCGGAGCAGUCGCGCGCUGGAACUGAUCGGCCUUCCAUUCGACGAUCAAGAAGAGGAAUGGUUCGAGGAUGCUCUGCUUCACGGUAGUGCAAAGGGUCUCCAUGGCUCCAAGGACACAGUCAUGAUGCGCCGCCUUGCAAGUGGCAAGUUGAGUGGACUGGCCCAGGAGCUUGAGUCCCUCGGUGGGGAGAAGAUUGACGGACUGAACUGGGAUGUCCUGAGGCAGAGCGUCACACAUACACAGACUUCUCACUCCAGCGCUAUUUUACAUGGGACCUUUCUGACACCCCACAGCUAUGGAAUCACUACGGCGGACAUCAAGGCCGAUCUUACCGCCGGUAAAGGCCGGCCAGAAUGGGUUUUUUCCUGCUACGGUCCCGGCAGAAACGCCCCAAGGCAAUUAUUUGGAGGCGCUAAUCGAGAGCGGAGUUUUGAAGAACUGCGACUGCGCCAUUAUGAAGCUGCCGCAGCAGGCAACGCCGACCAGGCAGUCCAAGAAGCUCAAGCUCUGUAUGGGGAGGCAUUGAAGCAGAUGGAUGUCAUCCUGAAUGAUCUAAACGGUGCUGUGAAGUAUGUCGUCGACGGUAUCAAUGAACAUCCCAACAGAAUUGAUAUCGUGGAGGGCAAGACCGGCCCUGCUUCCACCCCAGCACCUUCUGCUUUCGGUCAGCCCUCGCAACCUAGCCAACCUUCACCAUUCGGGCAACCCGCUGCUCCCAGCUCAGCACCGGCUUUUGGUCAGCCUUCAGGAUUAGGCAGUCAACCCUUUGGCAAGCCAUCUGCGUUCGGUCAGCCGUCAGCCUUCGGGCAGCCCUCGGCCUUGGGCCAAACAUCUGGCCUGGGGCAAGCACCUGGCUUCGGACAACCUAGUGCUUUAGGUCAAGGGUCUGCAUUUGGACAGCCCUCAGGCUUGGGAGGAGGGCAGUCGGCAUUCGGUAAACCAGCCUUUGGCCAGCCUAGCUUUGGUCAGCCUUCUACCGGCCAGUCUUCGUUCGGCCAGCCAUCAUCACUCGGAACAUCGGCAUUCGGGACACCUGCUGCGGCCUCCCCAUUUAGUCAGAUAUCAGCUCCUAGCCAGCAACCAAGCGGCUUUGGUCAGUCCGCCGGACAAGCAUCACCGUUCGCACAGGUCGGGAGUCAAACCCCCGCCGCGUCUUCUGGCUUCGGUCAACCCUCGACAACACAGCCUGCUGGUUUCGGCCAACCGUCACAGACAGCUUCGCCUUUUGGUCAACCACAACAACAACAACCGGCCUCAAACCCGUUUGGACAACCCUCCACGGCCGCAGCUCCGAGUCCCUUCGGGGCUCCAAGCCAGCCAGCUGCAUCUUCAGGAUUUGGACAGCCCGCUAGCGGAUUUGGACAGUUAGGCCAAUCAGCGCCUGCUCCCGCUCUUGCAUCCACGCCAACAGCUACCGCAGGAACCGGCCCUCCUGCCAUCAUCAAGAUAGACAACCCGAAUGAGCUACACCCCAUCCCACCGCUGACAGGUCAGACCAUCCGCGACCCUAUGACCAAGAGGCUCUCAGCCUGGAAGGGGCAACCCGUCAAGUACAUCAACAACGAACCCUGCUAUUUACAUCCGCAGGAUCGUCAGACCUACGUCCGCAUCUUCUUUCCAGAUGGACCCCCUGAUGCAGCCAGCUUACGGGACGCACAUGGCAAAGACGAGGAGUAUACAGCUGAGGUCACUGCGCAGUACGAGUUCUUCGUGCAAAACGGAUGCUUCAAGGACGGAGUGAUUCCGAGCGUGCCCCCGAAGACGGAAUGGGUGAGCUUCGACUUUUAGCCAAUCCAGGCUCUUGGGCUUUCUUUUACAUGGUUUACUUGGGCAUUGUAUUAUAUAGAUCAUUAGCAUUAUUAACGGACGGAAUGGGCGUCCAGGCUGGAAAUUCUGACACGGAACAACGGAAGCAGUUAAGUCACUGCUAGUUUUGAUACCAAUACACUACACUACAAUCCAUACAAUCAUUCACUCCGAUAAGGGAAAUAGUUUACUGCUUUUUGAACUUUUUCAUUUUCAAGCCAGGAACUGGCGGGUAUCGACGAAUGCCUAGCACGGCCGCAGCAGCACCACAAAACAUAACCUCAUCGUCCGCGCCACCCCUGUCACGAACCCAAACCGUAUCCAGUGAAGGAAGAGGUAGGGAUUUGUUUAAGCAGCAAUGGUGACCUCAACCUCAACACCAGCCUCGAUGUUGAUGAUGAUCUGCUUGACGGUCUCGGUGGGGGCGAGGAGGCUACACAU